GAAAGAAAGAAAGAAAGAAAGAAAGAAAGAAAGAAAGAAAGAAAGAAAGAAAGAAAGAAAGAAAGAAAGAAAGAAAAAAGUAAGACGGGAAAAACAAGUGUCAAUAAGAGAGCUACGUUAAUCUUCUCGGGCCGACCCAACCCACCCCACCACCAGGAGGAGGAUGAGGGCGCAGAUCCAAAAAGUGCCGCAAAUCGUGGAGCUGCUGAGGAAGAAGUCCGUAGGACUGCAGCACUUCAAGCCCACAUCUUCGGUGUGCGUCUUGGAGGAGAAGGAUGCUGUGGAGGUUGCGCGGUGCCCACACGCCGCCGCCACCGCCUCCUCCUCCUCCUCCUCCUCGUGGGCGCACAGUCUAGAUGCCAUUCCCGGACCCACCAACUGGCCGCUGGUCGGCAGCCUGGUGGAGCUCCUCCGUAAAGGAGGACUCACCAGACAGCACGAAGCAUUGGUUGAUUAUCACAAGAGGUUCGGGAAAAUCUUCCGCAUGAAGCUGGGCUCCUUCGAGUCAGUGCACAUCGGCGCGCCUUGCCUGGUGGAGGCGCUGUAUCGCAAGGAGGGCGCACACCCGCAGAGGCUCGAGAUCAAACCCUGGAAAGCAUACAGGGACAUGCGGGACGAGGCGUACGGGCUCCUCAUUCUGGAAGGAAAAGACUGGCAGAGGGUGAGGAGCGCUUUCCAGCAGAAGUUGAUGAAGCCGACAGAGGUGGUGAAGCUGGAUGCUAAAAUCAAUGAGGUGAUGGAAGAAUUUGUGAGCAGAAUUGGAAAAAUCAACACAGAUGGCAAGAUUGAAGACUUGUACUUCGAACUCAAUAAAUGGUCUUUUGAGACCAUUUGUCUGGUGCUCUACGACAAGCGCUUUGGUCUGCUACAAGAAAAGGUCGACGAAGAGGCCAUGAAUUUCAUCGCCGCCGUCAAAACGAUGAUGAGCACGUUUGGCAUGAUGAUGGUCACGCCGGUGGAGCUCCACAAGAGCCUCAACACCAAAACGUGGCAGGACCACACCGCCGCUUGGGACCGAAUCUUCAGUACAGCCAAAGUUUACAUCGACAAGAAGUUGAAGCGGGACGCCCCUGCAGCACCGGACGAUCUAAUGGGCGACAUCUUGCACAACAGCAACCUUUCCAGAAAGGAGCUGUACGCAGCCAUCACCGAGCUCCAGAUCGGCGGCGUGGAAACGACUGCCAACAGCAUGCUGUGGGCUAUUUUCAACCUGUCGCGUAACCCCGCCGCCCAGAGGGAGCUGCUGAGCGAGAUCACAAGAGUGGUGCCCGCCGACCAGCAACCUUGCGGGGAACACCUCAAGAGCAUGCCCUACCUCAAAGCCUGCCUCAAAGAAUCCAUGAGGUUAUCGCCAUCCGUUCCAUUCACAAGCAGGACCCUAGACAAAGACACUGUGUUGGGAGAUUACGCCAUUCCCAAAGGAACAGUUCUGAUGAUCAACUACCACGCCAUCGGCGCCAACGAAGAGUACUUCAACGAGGGCAAGCGGUUCAAGCCCGAGCGCUGGCUCCGUGAGAACAGCUCCAUCAACCCUUUCGCCAACGUCCCCUUCGGGAUCGGCAAGAGGAUGUGUAUCGGCAGGCGGCUGGCCGAGCUGCAGCUUCAGCUGGCGCUGUGCUGGAUGGUCCGAGAUUACGAGAUUGUGGCGACGGAUGACGAGCGGCUCGACGUGAUUCACUCGGGAUUGUUGAUUCCCAACAGAGAACUGCCAGUGGCCUUCAUCAAGAGAUGAGGUGUUGUAUUCGUCCAAUGAAAAGAUGGUACCUCUGCUGGACCUCUGACUCCCUGUAUUGCUGCUCUGUAAAUAGAAAGACGUCAAAUUGCUAACUAUGUAAUCAUGCCAUGAAUACCUCAAACCUAUUUAAAAGUAUUACUCAAGACUGUUGAUGGCUAACAUAGCAGUUAUUGUGUACAAACUGAGUGUAGGCAGCUGUCUUGGAAACUUAUUCAUGUCCUAGAUGUUAAGAUGUUUAUUUUCAUUGUGUAUAUAAAGUGCAAUGACAAUGUACAUUGUUUUAUGUCGACAUUGUAUUCACCAAAAUAAAAACCUCAAUACAACAAAG